AUGGACACUCAGAGCCCCUCAAUCUCUAUUGCUCGUACGGCAGGCAAAGCAGGCACCGCGAAGAGCGUAUCCUGGACCACUCCCACACUGUCCCGCCCCGCGGGUAAGCUCUCUUGCCACAAAACAUCAAGUGACGCACAGGCCGAGCCAAUCAUCGAGUUCCAGCCAACUGUUCCUACUCCGGGUUCGCUCGCACAUGGCCGCAGGCAACAAGAGGUCCGCUUUGCAGACCCCGAAAUCUGUACAUUCGACGACAACGACUAUGACCUGAUUGACUGCGGUGACGACCUCUUCCCGGAGGACGAGGGCGAUGACAGAUACGAUCAGUACGACUACGAAGGCAAAAUGGACUUCUUCCAGGAUGAGACCUUGAAAGCGGAGCCCGAUGACUUGUUGGACUUCCAGGACGAACUGUCCUGUUCAGUUGUCCCCAGACUCAUCCUGACGACUCCCGAGGGCGAGACCAUCACCGGCGACGACAUCCCCGAGGGGAAAAAGUGCUACUUCUCGAAAGAGUACCGCGCCCUUCAACAGCGGUGGCUUGACAACCUCGCCAACAGCCUCGUCCCGGGCAACUGGAAAAAGAUCCGCGAUUGGAACCUCCCAGAGGAGACCUAUCGUGAGAGACGCCGCGCCGAGGAGAAGAAGCGGAAACGCCAGAGGGAGAAGGAAGAGAGCCAACGACGACGUCAAGAGGCUGACGCGGCGGAGCGCGCGCGGCAGCUACAGAAAAUGCAAGUCCAGUACGACAAGCAGGAGGGCCGCUACCGGGACGUGGAGAAGCGGCAUCAGGCACAGCAGUCGUGGACGUGGUACCCUGGUGUUGACAUUCGGAAGUUAGUUGAGGAGUUGCUUGAGAAGUUGAUUGAGAAGAUGAUUCGGAAGAACGAGGAGGCCGUGAGAAAGUUCCAGCAGGUCACGGACAAGUUGAGUGCGAUAGAAGCUCGAGAGCGAGAUAGACUGGAAUCGUGGGGUCGCGAGCGAGCUUGA